GUGUCGCAGUUCAUUAUUCUUCUCUUGCUCGCAUUCCUGAGUCUGAGACCCGAACCGCACGCAGCUUCCAUUUGCGCGCGUCGGCUCAUUAACCAUCCCUCGUGCGAUUUGAUCGUCCUCUUUUGUCCUGUUUUAAUACAGCAUACCUUGUCUUCCUUCUCCAUCAUCUACCCUCAUCAAUAGCAGCAUCUCCUGCCCACCAUGGCGGCACCACCCAAAGAUUUCGACACUGGGCCACAGCCCCUUGGGGCUACCCAAGAGAAAGGCCAGUCCCUGCGCGCUAACAGCAGCGACGGUGAGCUUCGCGAGGGCGUUAUUGAGCGCGACAACGCCGACCAGCUCCAGCGACAUCUCGGCAAUCGUCAGAUCCAGCUGAUCGCGAUUGGCGGCUCCAUCGGUACUGCCCUCUUCGUCAGCAUCGGCACUGGUCUCCAGCGCGGCGGGCCAGCUUCUCUCUUCCUCGGUUACCUCACUCAGUCCAUUGUGCUCGCAUGCGUCAGCAACGGCUUGGCCGAGAUGUGUGUCUACAUGCCCAUCUCUGGCGCCUUCAUCCGCUUCGCCGGCAAGUGGGUGGACGAAGCUUGGGGAUUCAUGGCUGGUUGGAACUUUUUCUUCUAUGAAGCCUUCCUGAUCCCCUUUGAGAUUGCGGCCCUGAACCUAGUGCUCGGCUUUUGGCGUGACGAUAUUCCUGAAGCUGCUGUGUGUGUUGGAUGCAUCGUGUUGUACGCCUUGCUCAAUGUCGUCGCCGUCAAGUACUUUGGGUAA